ACAGUAAUUGCUGCUGUUCAGUUUAGUUUCUGUUCAUGGGUUUCUAUUUCUCAUACUACCCAUCUCUCUUUUACUGUCCCCUUUUUCACUCAAGGUCAGUCUUUUGCUCAUAUAUUUUUUGCUGGGGUAUUUUCAUUGGGUCACUUAAUUUCUAUUUCUCUGACUUAUAUGAUCAUGAAAGAGUGUGAGUGGUACCUAAGACACAUCUGUGACUGAGGGGAUGUUAACACGACACCGUUUUCAACUAAAAAUGGGAAACUUUUCAUGCGUUUUGGCGGUUUAUUUAUACAACAAUGGCGUUAUGGGGGCCAACUUUUGAAAAAAGGUUUCAUAGCGCAAGUUUUUGAAAAUGAUACCAUUAUCGUCUCACAAAACACAAUUUUGUGAAAGUGUUGACUUCACGUGCAUGCAUAUUACGUGUUCAGUCUAGGAAUGCAUGUAUGCGCAGGCAUGUAGUGCUUAUUUACAAAGUGACAUCGCCAACUACUGGCCUGGCAUGCAUAAUACAGCAUUUUUAGUUGUUUUCGCAGAUUCGUCUGAACAGGGCAUUUUUUGACAACAUUGUUGUCUGUACGCAAAACUUUUCAAAAGAUCCAAAAGAAAAACGUUUCUGUUUUUAGUACAAUCGUUGUUGUGUAAACAUACCCCCAGACCAUCUCAGGAAGUGGUUUAAACAAACAAGAUGCCUCUGAGUUAAGUGUAAAUGCGUCUUGUUGUUCAGGCCAAAUACGAAAAUGUACACCUCUAGAUCUCAGAACUCAAACAUUGAUUUCUAUUUGGUUGAAGAGUGAAAAUUUCACAGCUCUGCAUUAGCAUUAAUAUAGCCUGGGAACAGCAGAUCUGAUCUUCCAUUUUGUGUAGACAUAAAUCUAAUCGGAUAGCAAUCUGAUCGAUUAAGUGUAAAUACCCAUUUUGUGUUCCCUUCAUCAUCCUGACAGUCUGUAACUCUGUGCUCUCUCUCUCUGACUCUUUUCUCUCUCUUUCUGCAUCUUUAAACUCAGUGUCAUUUUAAUCUCUUUAUGUCUACCCGCUUUUGUCCUCCGUUUUUCUUUGUUAUACUGCAUAGCAUAGUGUUCCUUCCUUCAUUCAGUGUCUCAGUCUUUCUCUCAUCCUCUUUGUCUCUGUCUUUCCUUUCCCUCCCCCUCUUCUCCAUGUGUUUUUGGCUCAGUACUGGAGGUGAGUCAGCCUCUUGGACUUCAGUCUUAAUCAGAGUCACUGUGAGCGUCACCGUGUGUCAGAGUUCCAGCCUGCAUUCCUUUAUUUGUCCCUUUUUCUUCCCUCUCUCCAUCUUUACCUUUUGCUGUAUAAUAAAAUCUCAAAGAUGUUCUCAUACAUGCUAGGCGGUGAGAUCUGUCAAGCCAGAUUGUACCAUGGUCCAGUUGUUCUUCCAUCUGGUUGUUGGCAAUGCAGAUCUUCAGCUGCUUCUCCCCGUGAUACAGUCAGGCUUACAUCGGGUGUCUAGGAAUCUUCAUCAUGUUCCUUGUCGUUCACUGUGCAUUGAAAUUAGCUUUUAUCCUCAUCAUAUGCAGAUUUGUUUAUCCCGUAUAAGCUCUGGCCUUAAUAAUGCUCAGUCUCAGACUCAGACAUCAAUGUAGAUGGGCAGAAUAAACAGUGCAGUGGCCAUGUGGCCAUCUAUCUUUGCUCUCAUCUAGUCAUUGUUACUGAUCUUCUGGUCUGUUGGUUCUGACUGUCUCCUUUGUAAUUGAUUAUGAGUAGAUUUGAUUUACCUUAACUCACUUUAUCUGUCUUUCUCUGUUUACGCUUCACUCUUGUUCACUAGUCUCCUCCAGAGCUGCACCACUCUGCAUGGCUCUAUCCAUCUCUCCAGAGUGGGUUAGGUUGAUUGAGGAAAUGGCCCAAAGGCCCAAAGGCUCUGUUGUACUUACAGAGAGAGAGCCCAGCAAUUAAAAGACACACGCUCACACACACAUGCAUCGGGUGCAAUUAAUGCAUUCUGAGAUCUGAAUCAGUCUGGAGUAAAAAAAAACAAAAAUGAAAAAAAAAAGAAACACUGAUGCAAAUAGAACAAUGACUUGUACAUUCUGUUUUGAUGUGAUUAACCCUAUCACAAAUAUUGUUAUUCUAGUGCGUCAAUGGUUUAGGACUGUUGAAAAUAAGUUCAUUGAAUGAAGCCGAUGCUCAACUCAAUUUCACUGAUAUUGAGCUAAAUUAAAUAGAACUAAAUUGAAUAGAGAGAGAUGGGGGAGUGAGAGAGAGCACAUGCACUGCAGAUAGACAGGGUCUCAUUCACUUAUAAUUGCAUAUGUGCACAGUGAAGGUUCUCACACAGAGUUUCUGCAAGAGUUACAACACAAUUUUGCUGUUUGUGACUUUUGCCAUAUGGAAAAGUCAUCAGACUUGGAUCUUUUAAUGUGACAUGCUCAGCAUGCAUACAUUUUAAAAAUAGACUUUUAUUCCUGAAAUUGCUGGAAACUGUUUACAGGAGUAAUAUUAAAUCACCGCUUCAUUACAGCGAGAACAAAAAUCAUGUAAACCUUUAGCCAUUAUUAUGGCAGCAACUGGUAUGCAAUAAAAUAUUAAAAUAUGUACAGUAUUAUAUACAUUUCUAUAAAUUAGGGCUUGCAAUGAUUUUACUAGUCAACCAAAUACCUGUGUUAACUUGUUUCUGCAAAUGCCUGUUAUUUUUAUAAUGACAUCCAUCAUUCAGAGAGAUAAAAUGCAAGAAAUAUCUAUUAUUAAAUAGGGUAUUUAAAUAAAUGUUAAACAUGUGACUGACAACGUGAGAAGUGCAUUUCCACAAAACUUGCUCCUCCAACAUGAAUGAAUCAACUAAAUACACAGUUUUAUCACUGAAGAGCCAUGCAAAUUUAUUUUUUACAGCCUUCCCCAUGAGAGACAAUUACCAUUCCUAAUAGGGCUUUUGUGAUGAAUUUCCUAAAGUCUGUUAGCAUUUUAAGCAAGGUGCAUACUGGACAAUUUUCAGGGAUUUUAACAUAUAACUAAGAUAAAUCUUUCACGAUUCCCAAAAUUUGUGUCAGAUGGCAAAAUGUCACGGUGUGAACGUAGCUUAACGCAAUGUCUCAUUGGGGUCAUACUUUACAAUCUGACAAGUGGCAAUUGUAGCAGGAAAAAAAAACUGCACAGCAGGCACUAGGUUUUACUCUUGUUCUACAAUGAAUUGAUGAAUCUGGAUUGUUGUAAAUGAGGGGAGCAGCGACUGCAGUUAGCAAUUAGCAUACAAAACUAAACCAUCUCUAUAUGCCGUAAGGGCUUCCACACAAUAUCUCUUUUACAGCCAUUUAUUAUUCUUUGCAAACAUAUCCUUACUCUCACUAGAGACGAUAGCAUGAGCAACAAGUGUGCAGUUCUCAAAAACAGUCGGAACACAAUAAACAUAUUUUAUAUAAGAAUACAGUGCACAUGAUCACCUGCAUGUUUGCAUACUCUUGUUAAUAUGUUUGAUACGGAUGAUUGUUUGAUUGCUGGUUGGCCUUAUGCACCGUGUUGUGUUUUGUCACUGAACGCUGUGGCUCCAUUUAUUGCUUUGUCUCAAAAACAAUGUCAUUAUGCUACAAUAUUAUGUGUUUAUACGGUCUCUAAUGCUACAGGGGUGAUUGUUUUCAGGCACAUCAUUCAAAAUGUAGUGCAAACUGGGUUAUGUGUCAUUUCUAGUUUGUCAUUUUGAAUGAGUCACUGAAAACACACACCAUCAACAUAAUCAAAAUGAUGCCAAAGUGCAAAUAUAGGGGAGCUAGAAUACAAAAUAAACAUAUUUAUUAAUCUCGUGAAUAUAAUUUUAAUAUUAAAGAUGGCCGGAUUCUUUUCUUCUAAGAGCACAUGCUUGUUUGAGGUUAAUCUUAAAUUCAGCAUCACUUGGAAGCCUCUUCUUAAAAUACAAUGCCUAUUAAUUUGCAUAAUUGCAUCAAGCAGCAUGAUCACUAAAUGUUUUUAUCAUUUUAUAGGAAUGAUGCUGCCACACUCAAACACAUCACAUGGGCUUAACUUUCAGUUUGCACGGUCUUCCCUUAGCAUUUGUUGUCAUGGUUGUUAAUUUGUCAAUCUGUUCAGCUGUGCACACCUUAUAAACUUCGGUAUUUAAGUUCAUGCCUUUCACCCCUUAGUUGUCGGGUAUUAUUUGUUACUAUGCUUUGGUUGGAUGCUGUUCUCUCUGCUUGAAUCAUAUUAUGGAUUUAUUAAAUUGCCACUUUCUGUUGGCUCUAUCAAUGACAAUACCAGCCCCACUAACAGCCCAGUGCCCAGCCAACAACACCCAGACUCCGGGGCUCGGCAGCCAGGCAGUGAAAGUGACUCUGCCACAACGCACGAGCUAGUGCUAACAAGAGCGACUGAGCUGAACAUUGUCACAGAGCCUGACCGGGUAUAUGAGCCAGCAUCUUCAUCCAUCGCUGAGGGAGUGAAUGUGGAAUUUGUGGGGAUGGAAGUGAGCCCUGCCCAAUCUCCCGCCUCUAAGACGGUGGAUGCAGUUCCCGUUCGGAAAGAUGGGGAGCAGCAUGGACGUGCUGAAUUUUCCUGGGAAGGAAUCAAUCUGUCCAUGGAGGACACCACCUCCAUUUUGCCCCGUCUGAAGCGGAACUCCAACACCUAUGGGAUUGGGGCUCUGGCUAAGUCCUCUCUGACAGGUGUGUCAGGGGUUACUAGAUCAAUGAAGGACAAAGUGACCAAGCCCACUGCCAUGGCUCAGGGUCGUGUGGCCCACAUGAUUGAGUGGCAGAGCUGGAGUAAACCAUCCGCAGGGCCAGAAGGGGGAGCGGGACGCUCCAAUCUGAACCGCGAGAGGGAGAGGCGGCUUGAAAAUGACGCCUAUAGUGACCUGAGUGACGGAGAAAAAGAGGCACGAAUGGCAGCGGGCAUUAUGCAGCAGUUUGCCAUCUCUGAGGCCACACUCUUAGGCUGGAACUCUAUGGAUGGAGAGAGUCUCUGUGCCAACUCCAACCAGGGCAGUGUGGCUCACCUCAGUGAGGUUAAUCAAGAGAGCAUCACCAGCAGAGACCAGCCGUUGCAUCAUUCUUCUGCAGAAGUGUGGCCUCACACCUAUGUCUCCCAAGGCCUUUACUGUCUCUCCUCCUCUGAUGCGUGGGAGCCAAUCAGCAACGAGCCCUCGGGUGUAGCUUCUCCCGCUGCCAGCUCUUACAUCAUGGCGGGCGGGGCUUCGGGUGAGGGUUAUGACAGCUCCACCCACUAUUUGACGUUGCAGCCGCAGAACCACCUACAGCAGUUCCAACAGUAUCAGCAGUACCAGCAGCAGCAGCUCCUGCAGUAUCAACAGUCUUUGGAACAUCGACUGCACAGCGCCUCUCAUUCCUUACAAGCCACGCCCAACAGCACUAUUCACAGUUUGGGACCGCCCACCCACCCGAGACUGGCUGACCUGUGGGCGGCGGCUCAGGUGGAGCCCCAUCAGAUGGAGAUGCUGGGACACAUGGGCGUGACCAUGGGUGAAAUGGGAAUGGCGGAAACGUACGGUGAGGAAUACGUUGCGGAGACCGAAUGCAUCCCAGAGCAGCAAGAGGAGGAGGAAGUCAAGGUGGAUGACAUAACACUCACCCUCGAACCAGAGCUGACAUCCGUAACUCCCACCCUGACCCCUCCGUCUCUGAGAGAGGACUCCACCCCACCCGGGGGCAUGAGCCCAGGGCAAGCACCAGCAGAGCCAGUGGUUGAGCACAUGACCUACGAAGUCACAUCCUGCGUCGUCCAAUCACAAGAGGAGAAAGAAAAAGAGGUGGAGGAUGGGGCUGUUGUCGUUGUGGCAACCAACUAAUGGUUUAAACCGAGUGGCAUCCGAAAGAACGGAGCGAAAAAAAAAAAAAAAAAAAAACUGUCUGUGAAAUAAUCCACCAGUUAAGCUAUUGUAUAUGCCCUUUUACCCCAGAUGUGUACUCGUAAGGACUGUCACAUCAGGAACAAAACAUGCUCUGAGCUCUGGUCGCCUAUAAAGACUAAACGAGGGACAGUGUCAAAGCCCGGAUGAUACAUUAUAUGUGCUGCUGCUGCUGUUUUAUGGCAGGAGCGCCGGAGUCCAAGGCCGCUUACGAAUGAAAACGAAGAGUGCAAUACUGAGAAAUCAAUACAACCAAAAGAAAGUGCAUGCAGAUUUUUUUUUUUGAGUAUUUAAGUGACUGAAUUAACAGUAUCCACAUAGUAAUAAUAUAUAUUGAUUUUUGUAAUAAAACUAAAAGCCAAUGAAACAUAUGUAUUUGUAUGUAUAUAUAUAUAACAUGUAUAUAUGUUAGUAUGAAUGUAUGGAUGUAUGUGUAUUUAAAGGUAUAUUCUGAAAAAAAUAUUACAAAUUUGCUGUUUGCGUGAAGUGUCCCCUAGGUACCUCCAACAUACUCGCACACACACUUACACAAACACUGAUGCGCACACAAAUACACACCCCGGAAAACAUGUUUUUGAUCUUAAUAUAUCCAAGCACAAUACUGCCCAAAUGGAAACAGUGCUGCCCUUUUCAACAUCCUAACUGUAUUGUUACUAAGACUUAUGCACUACUAUGGACAUAAACGAAUGUAUUGCCUAUCUUCAUAGCGACAGCCCGGUUCUGUCCUCAAGUUUUUUGUUCUGUUCUGCUUUAUUUUUCUCAUCAGUGUCUGUGUUUAUCUUGCCUGGCGGAGCUGCUCAAUAUUGAUUUGCACUGAACAACAAAAGGAAAACUGAAGAGUCAUCGUCGUCAUUCUGAGACGUUCCAUUAAUCUUCUCAUGCAAAAAGAGGAGUAAACUUUGGAUGCUUUUAAUCCAUUGAGGCUGAGACUACAGGAAGCCAAACUGUGAAUCCUGAAGACCAUGCAUGGAUCCCUUAAUUUCCAUUUUUGAUGAACUAACAUGUAGGAGCCAUUUAUAUCAUGCAUGCGUGCAUUUUCCAUGUUAUUUACGUUAAGAGCUUUCCCUGUUGCUGACAUAAUGCUGAUAAAGAGAUAAACUCUCAUUACCUCAGUAAAAUCAUGUGGUAAUGGGCUAGUUGACAUGUUAGGUCACAGUAUGUUUUUGUCAUGAAAGACCGUAUGACUGUGGAAAGAAGUGAAAAGAAGGUGCUUUUCUGGUUAAUGCUUGCAGGCUUUCCACUAAUUAUUUAAUAAGCUGUAAUUUAAAUACCCGCUGCAGAAAGAAGUGCCCUCGACUACUAGCGUGCACAUGUCAAACCUUUGUCGAUACUUAUAAACGUUCCAAAAGAGAGAGAAAUAAAACAUUUUGGAUGUGGCAACAUUAACACUAAUUUAGAUUUAGAAGGCGUUUGGUUCAGCAAUGAUUUAUAUUCUCUGAUGAUUUUGAGAGUUUUGAUUAAUGCCGUUAUGCAAUGCUGUGGUAACAUUUAUUUUUCUAUACUAAUGUGGCCUGCGAGUUGUCAUUCUUUGUGAUAUUUCGAACAUCACAGGACUAGUGGCUGCUGAUUGAGAAUCAUUUUCAAAGAUCUCAUGGUUGUUUUUGGAAAUUCGAGAGCAGGCGAAAUGAGAAAGAUUGAAGUGGUUGAUCUCUCAUUAUUAGAUUCUUUGGAAAGUACACUUAGAGCAUCUUCAAUGUCAGAGCUCUUUGUGAAAUGUCCAAAAGAUGGUGACAUUAAUAGCUCACAGCAAUGAUGUCAUAAUUCUGCCAUACUCUGCGAAAUAUGAUGCAUUUAGUGCAGAAUGGCAAAGCAACGCGGGAUAUCUGAAAUGGGUUUCUGAUUAUUGAGGAAUAAAAAAUAAAGCUAGGUAGCAAUCUUGCAGUUUCUUCAAAUCCAUUUGGUGUCAUCCUGUAACCUCAUUCAAAUCAUGUGCAUUUUAAUAUGCUGUAAAUAAAAUCCUUAUUGCGAA